AUGGUUCCCAGCGUUCCCAGCGUGCACAGCAGCCUUUCAUCCGUUCCUUACGCCAUGCCUCCACCUAUGCUUCAUACUACUGCUUCUGCGCCUCAGUCGCCACCUGCAUCCUAUGGAGCUCUCGGUUACUGCCAUCCCUCCAUCGUCCCCUCGCCUGUAUCUGACGUCACAGAAUCCGGACCUGAAGGUUGCUGGAACCCCAGCCACUCUCAAGAGUCCGCUGGGGUUCUGUGUGAGGAUGAGGUGGUGGACUGGCAGGGGAUGGAACAUGAGGAGGAUGAGGACGCCGAAGGAUACACCUCGUUCCUUGCUCUGGACUGCCAACCCCUGGCAACUCCCGUCCUCCCCAUGCUGGACUCAGCAGUGGCUCCUUCCUUUGCUGCCGCACCUUCGGUUGCUAUGUGCAAUGCGAAUAACGUUGGAGCAGGGCCUGGUUAUGGUGAUGACACAGUUGCUGAUGCUGCUGAAGGUGAGGACGAGUUCUCCUCACUUCCUGCUGGCGUUGCUGCUGGAGCUGGUGUUGAUGGUGGUGCCGGUGAUGCUGGUGGUGGUGUUGAUGCUGGUGCUGUUGCUGUCGUUGCAGCCUCUUUCAUGUCUAAUGCUGGAGCCUCAGCAGCAUCCUCCCCAACAGAUGGUGCUAUUGCCCCUGCACCAUCAGAUGCUUGCGCCCCAGCACCCUCCCCUGCCUCUGAUCCACUGUCGGUGCCAUCACCGCUUCCCACUCCACCACUGCUCCCCUCACCCCCCCCACCUCCAUCCCCACCAUCCCCAACAGAAGGCGCACUCGCAUUGCUUCCUUCCUCACCCGCGUCGCCGCUCUCCUCUCCAGAAACCUCCGUGCCUGAGCUGUCAGAUUGCGCCUCUGACCUGUCAGACUUUGACUCGGAGCUGUCAGACUUUGACUCGGAGCUGUCGGAGCUGGUGGUUGAACUGUUGGAGCUGGCGGUUGAGUUAUCAGAGCCGGUGGUUGAGCUGUCAGAGCUGGUGGCUGAGUUGUCAGAACUGGUGGUUGAGCUGUCGGAACUGGUGGUUGAGCUGUCAGCGCUGGUGUUUGAGCUGUCAGAACUGGUGGUUGAGUCGUCAGAUUUAUCCAGGCUGUCAUAA